ACAUGGAAAGGAACGGAACGCUGAAGCCGACCUCCUCCUCAACUCGCAUCUAAUGGCAUACAGUUCCUUCUCAUGAUCAAUUUGUGUUGUACAAAAUCGUGUUAAAGUUGCGUGGAUAUUGUGUUAGAUUAUAAGUACGUAAUGUGAUUUUGUUUUAAUUUCAGGAGUUUAUAAGACUGAACAUUUGCUGAUAGCUGUUACUCUGCACCUGUUCUGGAGUUCAACGCAAGAGUAAAUAAUGUUGGCUGAGUUGCUUCUAGGGUUGGCACUCCUCUACCUACUGUGGUUUGCGAUCUUCAAGAAGCCUGAUGGGCUGCCACCAGGCCGAUGGGGUCUUCCGCUCGUUGGUUACAUACCACUCAACGGGAAACGCAUGGAUGACCAAUUCAAAGACCUCCAGAAACAACACGGAGACAUAUACGUAUGGCGCAUGGGCACCCAGGUGAACGUCUUCCUGCACAGUUACCAGCUUAGCAGAGAAGCCCUCAGUAGUAGUGACUUUCUCGACCGCCCGAUAUGGGAAAUGUUCAGAUUUCUGGAACCUGUUACCCUAGGUAUAAUUGGAAGCAACGGCAACAUCUGGCACAUCAACCGCCGAUUCAGCCUACGCCAACUCCGAGAUCAAGGCAUGGGCAAGUCCAGCUUGGUGUCCGCAGUCCAGAACCAAGCGAACAAGUUGAUCGAGGCGCUGAAGGGCCAAGCGAACAGGUCUGAACGCAUCCCUCGUGAUCUGAGGGUGGCUGUUAUCAACAUUAUCUGGCAUAUGGUUGCGAGCAAGCAGUUUGAAGUAACGGAUCCCAAGCUGCAAGAAUUCAUAGAUAUUAUUGACGAUCUGACGCAAAAAUUCGGUCCAUUAGCAAUCCCCGAUUUUAUGCCGUGGAUCAAAUAUUGCCUUCCUGAUUUCCUCAUACGCCGCGUCUUCUCCGUCGACAUACUUUACACUCUGAAGGACAAAUUCUUCGAUUAUUGCAAGGAACUGAUCGAGGAACACAAAUCUUCCUUGGAUCCUGAUAAUCCUAGGGACCUGAUGGACGGCUACCUUCUUGAUAUUGAGGCAUCGAAGGACAACCCAGACGUGGUUCGAACUGAAAGGGAUCUGUGUAUCCUUAUCUUGGACCUGUUCUUCGCCGGCAGUGAAACCACGGUCGGCACCCUCACCUUCAUGAUUUACUAUCUAGCCAAUUAUCCAGAGAUUCAGAGGAAGUUCCAGGCAGAGAUCGACGAGGUUCUGCCUAAAGGAUCGCUCGCUACACUCGAAGACAGAAGCAGAAUGCCGUAUACUGAGGCUGUUAUUCAUGAGGUUCUUCGGGCUUCUUCUUUGGCAUCAAUAGGCGUUCCGCAUGUUGCCGUGAGGGACACUAAGCUGGGUGGAUACUUACUCCCUAAGGGAACGAUCGUGUCGACAGCCGCGGCCGCCAUGCACCACGACCCCCGCUACUGGAAUGAGCCUGAGAGGUUUAAUCCGGAGCGCUGGCUCGACGACCAAGGGAAGUUCACGACCAAGAAGGAGGGCUUCCUUCCCUUCGGCGUUGGGAAGCGUGUGUGCGUCGGAGAAUCCCUGGCGCGCAUGGAACUCUUCAUCCUCUCCACCGCCCUGUUCCAGUCCCUGAGUGUGACCCCGCCGCCUGGGUCAAAGGUCGACGUCUCACCGGAUCCUAGCAAUCCUUUUGGUCACAACCCGAGGCCGGAGAAAGUCUGCUUCACCAUCCGCGAGUGUCACCCUGACGCGGCAAACCCAGAUGGUAACAACACGUUAAACAUUAGGUUACCCAAAGGCUUCAUCCCCUGGGAUAAACUUAAGACAAAAAAAAGGUUCAUUGAACAGCAAACAAAUGACACUGAUGCCAGCCUAGUCACCAUGACGGAGCAUAUUGCAGUGACAAAGCAUCAUUUUCACGAUGACAGUGUAGAUGUUCCCCGUAAACAAAUGCAAGGAGGCGUGGGAGGCGGACAGAUUCCUAGUGGAGACAUGGAAUGUUAUAUCAGCUUGUGUGCAGCUCAGUCGUGUUGUGUUGGGCUCCAUUGGGCUGAGGUGAAGGCUAACAUACAUAGACUUUGCCUUGAAGUACAGCAACUGGAGAAUAGAUAUCAGGAUAUACACGCAAAGUUCCCCAAAGUCCACGGUCAGUUUCGAUGCCCUUCCAAAACCACGCUUCGGAAAGAAAAAUCAACGGCCGUCGACAUGCUGGCUGAGGUAGUUUUAGCCGCUGCUUUGGCGGUUCUCCUGUGGGUCGCUUUCUUCAGGAAACCGGAGGGACUGCCGCCAGGCCGCUGGGGUCUGCCCGUGCUUGGUUACAUUCCUCUGACCAGAAAAUCUAUGGAAGAACAGAUUCUCGAUCUUCACAAAAAGCAUGGCAACAUCUUCUUAUGGCGAAUGGGGAAUCAACUGAUGAUCUUUAUCUCGGACUACCAGCUCGGGAAGGAAGCUAUGGGGAGGUCUGACUUCGCUAAUCGACCGGACUGGGAGAUGUUCAAGUUCCUGGAAGAUUUUCCUUUAGGUGUUGGCUCAAGCAACGGUGCCCACUGGCAUGCUAACCGCCGCUUCGCCCUUCGACAGCUAAGGGACCUAGGAAUGGGCAAAUCCAAGCUAGUGGCAGGAAUUCAAGAGCAGGCAGUCAAGCUGGUCGAAAUUUUGAAAGCGCAAGCAAACAAACCAGCACCAGUUCCUCAUGCUUUGAAGGUGUCCAUCGUUAACGUUAUCUGGCAGAUGGUGGCAGGUAAAAUGUUCGAAAUGGAGGAUAAGAGACUGAUCGAAUUUGAUCAACUCCUGCAAGAUCUGAACGCUGCAACCUUCGCGCUGGGUGUGCGUGAUUUCUUCCCAGUUUUGAAGUAUUUGCCCAAAUAUUUCCAGGAUCUUUUCUUCAGUAUGAAUAUCAUUGAGGGAUUUAAAGAUAAAUUCCUCAAUUACUUUGAUGAAGUGGUUACUGAACACAAGGCAUCCCUUGACCCCAAUAACCCAGGAGAUCUCAUCGAUGCUUACCUUUUGGAGAUGAAGGAAGGCAGUGAGAGUCCGGAUGUCAUUCGCAGCGAAAGAGAUUUGGGUCUCCUGGUCCUCGAUUUGUUCUUUGCCGGGAGUGAGACGACCACGAACACGCUCACCUUCAUGAUCCAAUACCUGGCCAUGAACCCUGACAUUCAGAAGACGAUGCAAGAAGAGAUAGACCAAGUACUGCCUAAAGGUACCCUAGCUACGCUCGAAGACAAACCGAGGUUGCCAUACACCGAGGCAGUACUUCAUGAAAUUCUUCGUUUGUCUUCCCUCCUUCCCGUUGGAGCUCAACACAGCACUGUUACAGACACGCAGCUGGGAGGAUAUUACAUUCCAAAGGGGGCGAUCAUCUCCACGUCAGCAGUAUUUAUGCACAGUGACCCGAGGUACUGGGAGAAGCCGGAGGCACUGAAGCCCGAACGCUGGCUCGACGAGAACGGGAAAUUCACCGCGAAGAAGGAAGGGUUCAUGCCCUUCGGUUCAGGCAAGAGAGUCUGCCUCGGAGAGUCCCUGGCCCGCAUGGAGCUCCUCAUCUUCGCCACCGCGAUGCUUCAGAGUCUCAGCUUCGCCCCCCCACCAGGCUCCACUGUGGACGUCACAGCUGAUCCCGCGGUGCCAAUGUUCCACACCCCGAGGAAGCAAGACAUCUUUAUCACUGUUCGCUAAAUGUGUAUCCGAGAAUUCGUUUCCGUUCAGAGUAAUAGAUGAUUUCAUCGUUACGUGGCCGGUUUUUGUUCAUGACAAACGAUGUUCAGUGUCUUCCAGGUUUAUGAUUCAUUUAAGAAGGGGGUGGGAUGAAAUUCAGGGUUAUAUUCUUUUAACAAUCCCAGGGUUAUGGUGCACUGGCAUCAUAUAAGGAAGAGAGAGGGAUUGAAUACUCUUGCCAUGUUCCAUUAAUAAUCCCUCCAUUAAUAAUCCCUCUGCAGUGUGCAGUGUCCAGAGUAAAGUGUCUGGAGAAGGUCUUACAUAUGUGUGUGUGUGUGUGUGUGUGUGUGUGUGUGUGUGUGUGUGUGUGUGUGUGUGUGUGUGUGUGUGUGUGUGUGUGUGUAGAUUAUAUCCAACUCCCUUUAAAAUGUAAUUACUCGAUUUUAUGACCAUGAUUUGUUGAUACUCCAAGAAUUUUUUCGCCGCCUUGUGCUCCAGUAUGUUUUCUGUGAAUACUAUGUAACCAGGAGAAAGUUGCCAUAUAUAUUGCAAUGCUAUUAUUGAGGCCAACUUGAGGGCACAAGUUGUAAGUGGUGUCGCAGGUAAACACGGGGAUCCUAUGUCGUUAUCAGUGACGUCACAGGCCUUUACUAUGGAACCUCUAACGAACAUCUACACUGACGAAAGAAAGUCCAAUGCCAUAGCUCAAGGAUGGAAAUUUCUCGGGCAUUUCAGAAUACCUCGAGAGUGUGAUGUCUUAACCUUGCUCUCUAUAAAACAUUCAGUUCCUAGUAUGUCUUUAACGUAGAAAACCACCGAUGUUUCAUCUGCUUGCAAAUUGUGAUUCUAGAAUAAAAUCUGUUAAUGAACUAGUAGCAUAUUGUGAUUUAGUGGGGGUAAUUGUCCCACUGCUGAUAUAUCUAAUACAAAGAAAUAAUUGUUUUUUAUAUGUAAUUAAACAGGUUAUUACAAUAUCACACUCAAAUAUAAAUAUCUUACACACCUACUUUACUUUGACUUAUCUUACCUUGUAUGGAAGGCAAAAGGUAAAAAUUGCUGACCAGAUCUCCGUAGAACUUUAUCUUGGAAGUGACCUUGAUAUUUACGAAGCUGUAUUAGACUUACGGUUACCUCGUAGAUAAACUUUAAUGCCUUAAAGGACUACGAAUGAAAACACAUUUGUUAUCUGUAGUUCUCUUUGUUACGGGAAAUGCAACGUACACCGGAUAACAUUAUAAUAACAAUUGUAAAUAAUAAUAAUAAUGAUAAUAAUAAAAUAAUAAUGACAAUGAUAAUAAUUACAUGAUAAUAAAUAAAUAAAUCAGAACCUCGUGAUA